UGUACCUUCAGCAUUGAUCGUCAUUUUCCUACCCCCCGUUAUUGUUUUUGAUUUUUUCAGGCCGUGGUCGCACCGCCAUGGCUAGGUUGAACGACUACGCGGCUCCUGCCGAGUCUAUUGACGCUCGUGAGUUGCUGCAAUAUGUCAAAAUCGAGGACAUAGCUGACCGGCGCGAUCAACUUACAGUCAAACGUCGAUUCGUGCGACAAAACCGAGAGAUCGCACGAGUAAACUCUAUGCAAUCUCUGCGUAUCCGCAGCCUGGAGUCAGAAGUGUCCCAUUUGCUUUCGGAGAAUGUCUCGCUUCGAAAACAGGUUAUUAACCUUACCCAAGAGACCGAAAGGCUGGAGGCAGGGAAGAUGCUACACAACGGGAUCUAUGAUAUAAAAUCCAAGUUGGAUGCCAAGCUAGCUGAGUUGAGCAGCCUGGCGACGGACUUGGGAUCAUUGCCCCGCCGCGUGGGCAAACUUUGCGACGAACAGUCCCAGCGACCAAAACAGGCGCCAGAGUCGCGACCCAGAACCGACGACUUGUUUGGACACGACGAUGGCAGACUCCCCGCCAUUGUCGAGGAUAAAUAUUACCCGCGACGAACUUUGGAGGCCCAAGAACUUGAUAGUCUCCUCCAUGGAAGUGAUGACCAAAGCAUAUUGGAAUCCCCCCCUCAGUUCAGUUUCACACCGGAGCCAGUAGAGGCCAACAUCGAACACUCCAGUCCAUCGCCGCCAGAAGUCACACACAGAGCCCCCCUUGACAGUACCGUCGAAGAACUCGAAGAACCAGAGCCGGAAGCUAUUCUUCCCCCAACGCUCGAAACUCGCAAAAAGAAAAAGAAGUCUAGUUCAAUCCUCGCACCGGAAAUUGGUCCUGCCCCGAUUGAGCGACAACCAAGCCCACCUAUCACUACAGCAAACGCCUCGCACCCGGUCUCGGCCAAGCGCAAGUUCGUUCCAGAGGACGACGAUCACUUCGCCCCCAAUGUUGACGCCGACGAAGACGAAUUCCAAUUCAGCCGACCCAAUCACAGCCCCAAAAAGCAAACGAACCUCUUCGAGGUUACGCGGAAAGAUCCGUCGCCCAUCAAAAAUGUUGAGAUGACAAGAGGAUCCAAGACCCCCGUCCUAGCCAAGCGCAAGGUGCUUGAGCCAAGUAUGUACCACUUUUAUCCCCAUAAUUUUUUGUGGUUCUAUUUAGUUGAGCUCGAGCUGACAACCACAACAGAGAGUGCAAACUCCAAUUUGGGCUCUCCCAAGAAAGCCCGCAUGUCUUCACACCAGGACUCUAAGCUUGUGCAAAGACCUACCAAAGCCGACGAGAACACAAUCUCACCUCAGAAGAGCAAGUCGAUAGAGAAACUCGGCGGCCAGACUGUGAGCCAAAAGCCUCGCACAACGAAACUUGCCCCUUCACAAAAAGAAAAGCGCACCAGUCGCCCUGUCCAAGCGGAAGAACCGGUACAAAAACUUCCAGUGUUAUCACCACACCCCAAUGCAUCGAAUGCAGAGGAGGAAUCUGGAAGUCGACCCUCCCGACGUCGUGGUGCCGUUGUCAGUUACGCUGAACCCAAUCUACGUGAUAAGAUGCGGCGUCCCACAAAAGAAAUGGCCGAUGCAGUUGCAUUUGGCUCACGAAGGUCUUCCAGCUUCCAGUCAGGUCGGGACAGCCUGGAUGGAGGAAAUGACGCCCAGCCUGGGAGUCUCCCUGCUGAUUUUGCCCUCGCAGAUCAAAGCUCAGGUGCCUCCAAGAACAUUUCCCAACAAGAAUUGCUGGCAAUGGUAUCUCGACGGAAGCGCAAGGUUUCCUCCGCACCAAAGGAAGAGAUCAAUGGCACAACGAACACCGACAUGAAAAAAGAGAUUGAGGACAGCAUAGCGGAUAUCUCCGCUCAAGUCUCCAACGAGACAUUGAACUCGAGGCGGCAGCCUCGACGUCAUUCGUCCAACCCCAAGAGUACUGCGAACAUGGCACAGUACAAUGUGGAUCAGGAUGAACCGCAAUCCCCAGUCGACUCUCCCGAGGAGGAAGACUUGUUCGCGCCAAUGAUCGAUGCCAGACGCGGGCGUGUUGCAGCAAGGAGAAAAAGCAUGAUGGUGUAA